AUGGUCUCUAGACUCGUCUUCUGGACCGGCUUCGGCCUGGCGACGCGCUUCUGGCAGCUCGGCAUCGAGAUGCGCCCAUUUUUCCACAGAAAGACGCUCUGGGCCUACCCCGUCUUCGGCGCCGUCGGUGCGAGCUUUGGAUACUGGCUGGAGGGUGUGGAUCAGAGACAGACACAGCUCCUGGAAGAGCGCAAGAACGCCAUUCUGGAGAAGAGAGCGAGGAGGGCAGAGAGGGAGGCUGCGGCUGCUGCUGCCAGCCCUUCGGUUAUCCAGGCUUAAAAAGGAAGGAUAGGAGGGGGUGAUGGGAGUCUGAACAGACAGGCAGUAUGAUAGAGGCAGGAACGGCGAACAAAACAAGUACAUUUUCACUUGAAUGGUUCACAAACGAGCGGAAACGAAUUGGGAGCUAGGAGGUGAGCUCAGCGUAUAAAUUGGUUCAGUUCCCACUCUGGAUAUCAUUCACUCUUCCACACAUGAGUGGUUUCCAUCUAUUCCCAAGCUACAGCAUUCAAACCCUCGAACAAAUGCACCA